AUGUUUUUAUUCUGUUUUUUUCUAUCAUUGGAUAACUCACAAAAAACAAGGCAAAAUCAGAUCGUAUUUUCUCUUGUUGCUUUUAGUAAUCUAUAUAGUCUUCCGAUUUGCCCUAUUAUUUUGGCCAUCCUUGUUAUUUUAUUAUCUGGUGUAGCUCCAUCCGACCUUACUUUAUCGUCGACAACCCCCCUACCUCUUUGCGACACUAUUCGCCCCACUGCUAAAUCCCACUUGACUGAGCCGCCUGCUUCAGUCAACUUUUGUGACCAAAUUCAAUCUUUUGGCCUCCAACCUUCAGCAAAUGGGGUGGCCACUCUUCAAUUCUCUUCAUCAUCAUCAUCGGUACCCACAAACUCAUCUCAGGGCGGUUCAAAAGUUAUGAAGACGGCUAACGAUGCAAUUGAAGAUAGGCCUUCCGAAACUUCGCCAUUAUUCAAACAAGCUGGCCCACUUGCGGUAUCUAGCAUCAGCUUACUUCACUGUCUAUCACAGCAGUUCGGUUCGCCGGAGCCAAUACAAGAUCUAAUUUGUCAACACUGUCAUAAUGGACGGACCAAUACAGUGGGAUCCAAACGUCUUGGCACCUCAUUGACCUCCAUUUCUCAUCGUUCUACUCAUAUGAGAACGGAUUCUUCCGAGUUUCCCAUUAAAUUGUCUCCACUUGUAACUGAUCCACAGUCUUUAUAUUUGAAUGACGCAGAAUCUUACACUAAAAUUGAGGCAAGCCAGACUUUUCCCGAAUCCAUUCUCGAUCUCCAUUUAUCCCUUGAUCCUAACUUCCUAGCAGAGGUCACUGAAGACAUCUAUACUCCACAACCAAAAAGGCCUUCAGAUUCUCCGUUGAAUUUGGCAGCUCAUUUACACUCAAGUUGCUAUCUGGAACACUGGAUUUCGCACCUACCGCCUUGCAUGGUGCUACAUAUCCAGCGCACCAAAUGGCAUCCCUCAUCCGCCUCUUGGGACCCUCCAACAUAUGACCUGUCCAGCCCAUAUGCAGCCAGUAUACCUGAUAAAAAUCUGGGCGCUUAUCCUUUUUUGUUUGACCGUUCAGGCGGUAAGCAUGAGCCAAAUCGUCACACUCCUGAGCUUUUUGGUCAUGGGGCAAAGCGGCAUGAGCACCUCGAAUUUCCGCUGUAUCUCGACAUGUCCUCUUAUAUGUUGGCCUCUCGACCUUGGCCAGGUAGCAAAACUGAUAUCACCUCGUCUAACACUGGAGAUAAUUCUACCAUCUCUUCAUCGGGCUUGCCAUAUAACCAGCCCUCUAAUGCUAACUCCCAACAGCCCAGGCCUACCAGGCCUUCGCAUCGAUACGUUCUUCGUUCUCUGAUCGUACACCAGGGUCAUGUGCUUCAGGCCGGUCACUAUAUUGCUUAUCGUGCCUGGCGGCGACCCAAUGUCCUCUUAAGUAAUGCCUCCGCAUCGAGCAGCCAAGCUGAUCAACGGGCUCGAUUCCACAGUCUUACCGCCAAUUGGCGACGCCACCACUGGCCUCAAAUGUCUACACUCACCUCGUCACAUCAAUCCGUAGACUCUAUGAUUUCAACCAACAAACGGAAGUUGAAAUCAUCCGAAUUCAUCUUUUCCGAUACUCCUUAUGAAACCACCGCUCACCGGUCAGCACCAUUCACUUGGCUUUUGGCCUCUGACACGUGUCUCAUGCAAGCUUCACCGACUGAAGUCUUUUCAAGCCAGGCCUAUUUGCUCUUUUACGAACGUGAGGAUGCUGCUCCACACCUUGGUCCGGGCGCAAGCAGAUGCAAGCGGCAAGCAGAUCACUGCUUAGUUGCUCCUCCGUCAUUAAUAUGUUCCUCCCACCAAAACUGCAUAAAAUCUAGAGAUUUAAAGGUACCACCACUCGCCACUUUAAUUGGCACAAACUACGACUUGGAGAAUAAAACGCAAUUAUUUUCGUCGGCUGAAAUGAUUGUCUCUGAGUCUAAAUUAGAAUCUUUUGAGCUGCCUCUUAUGGAAAAAUAUAGAAUAGGUAAAUACGAGGAAGAGAACGAAGAAAGUGGUGUGGAUGAAGAAUAUGAUGAAAAUCUUCCUGAGGUUGAACAUGACACACUUGACCUUGAACGGUUACGCAACGCCACUAAGGCUGAUGUGAUUCGUGCUUUGGCGCAGCUGUCUCGCAGCCACAAAAAAUCUUGA